AUGGCUUCUCCCUCUACCAUUCUCAUCAUUGGCGCAAGCCGUGGCAUUGGUCUUCAACUGGUUGAAAAAAGUCUUGCCAGACAUCCCAAUGCAGUGAUCUAUGCAACAGUCAGAGCAUCUGCAACAGCUGUUGACCUUCAAAAGCUGCACCAGAAUAACCCCAACCGCAUCCAUAUCUUAGAAGCGGAUGUCACCGAUGCCUCGUCUAUUCAUCAACUGCAGGAGACCAUCUCGCAGAAAACCUCAACUCUAGACCAAGUCAUCUACAACGCCGGUGUCCUCAAGGGCUUCGGACCUUUGACAGCUUCCGGACUGGAUGGCUUGAAAGAGAACAUAUCGGUCAACUUGUUCGGAGCCUACGCGAGCGCCUUGGAAUUCUUCCCCUUCGUUCAGCGGUCGACUUAUUCCAACAAGGUACUGACAUUCAUUGGAAGUAGCUUUGGAUCUAUCACCACGUACAAGGAGAACUUUGACCUGCACAACAUGGCCUUUGGCACCAGCGGGGUGAAUGUGACCGCUUCAUACGACAUUUCCAAGACUGCCAUGGAGCGCCUUGCCCUGGAGCUUGAUCUGGAACUUCGCCCGAAGGGGGUCCCUGUCCUCCUGAUUCAUCCCGGUCUUCCCAAGACCGACAUGAACCCCGUGGGUAACAUCACUGUCGAUGACAGUUCAACCGGAGUCAUCAAUGUGAUUGGAGACUAUACUGCGGAUCGAGAGGAAAGAUUCCUCGAUUAUGCGGGAAUGACCGUUCCUCUGUGA